AUGUUGUUUCAGUAUUUCUAUUUUCUGUUUUCAAUUUUCAUUACUGUCAUAACAGGCUUACGUUUUGAAUUACAAGCCAAAGAAACUCCAGACCCAUAUUGUAUUCGUGACUUUGUUUCUGAAGGCCAAUUGGUCGUUGUAGAUGUUGAAUCUGAUGGUCGUUUAGGCGAUGGACAAGUGUUGAAUAUGGUUAUUCGUGAUACUGUUGGAAACGAAUACAGGAGAAAGAAAGAUUUAGUUGGAGAAUUUCGUAUUGCAUUCAAUGCACCAUCAAACGCGGCAUUUGAUGUCUGUUUUGAAAACUUGUUAAAAGUUAAGGGUAAAGUUAUGACCAGAAACAUAGAAUUAGAUAUCGAAAUAGGUUCUCAAGCUCGUGACUGGAAUAAGAUUCAAGCUAAUGAAAAGUUAAAGCCAGUGGAGGUUGAGUUACGUAGAAUUGAAGAAUUAACCGAUGAAAUAGUUGAUGAACUACAUUAUUUAAAAGCUAGAGAGGAAAGAUUAAGAGAUACAAACGAAAGUACCAAUAGAAGGGUCCAGAAUUUUUCUGUAGCUAUCAUCUUUUUAUUACUGGCUUUGGGAGUUUGGCAAAUCAACUAUUUACGCUAUUAUUUCAGGGCAAAACACAUUAUUUAG